AUGGACAGCGAUGGAGAUUAUUAUAAAAGCCCCAACGGCAUCGACCACUCCCAUCUUGCCGUUCCCGAUUCUGGCGCCCUCAGCCCUGCCUCUUCUGGCCAUGGCGACAGGGAGGCAGCCAACAGGCUAAACGACGAUCUCGAGCUGAUGCGUGCUGAGCGCAUGGUGUCCAGGCAAGCACGGGAAGACGAAUCGAGGCGGUCCAGAUCCAGGAACAGGAGCACUGAGAACCUUGAGGACGUCUUUGAUACAGUUGCCGGUGCCGGUGCAACGCCUACCCCUGCCGUUACUACGGUAGCAAAAACGACAUGGCUUACCCGGACGUGGGCUCGACUGAGAAAAUUCCCACGAGUGCUGCGCUACGUCGUCUACUCGAUCCCUCCAGCCAUUCUUAUCCUCAUCCCCAUCUUCCUGGAUAUUUUCGCAUACAACAGGCACCAGGAUGUCGGUGAAGACCGAGGAGUCAGGCUCCUCUGGUUCGGCAUCUGGUUGGAAGUUGUUUGGCUCAGUCUAUGGGGAACAAGAGUCAUCACCUGUGCCAUGCCCUAUGUGGUAGCAUGGAUCGCCGACACGUUGGGGUCCAGCAACCAUAAGAAGUGGAGGGACAUCGGACGUCAGCUCGAGUUCCCUACCGCCUGUUUUAUCUGGUUGCUCGUUGUUGUGGUGACCUACAAUCCGAUCCUCAAGGACCACCGAAUCGAUCAGGGCGAAGAUGCCCGUGACAAGGAUUCUGCCUGGAUCUCCAUCGUUUACAAGAUCAUUCUCGCCUUCUUCAUCCUCGCGACAUUGAAUUUUGCCGAGAAGAUCUUGAUCCAGUGGAUUGCCUCCUCGUUUCACCGCCGGACUUAUUCCCUUCGCAUUCAGGAAAAUGUCAUGCAGGUCGAGUGUCUCGUCGCUCUGUACACAUACGCCAAAACUUGUCUCGAGGCGCAGGAUCCGGUCUGGAACCAAACCUCGGUUGAAGGCGAUUCGCCCGGGAUGCGUACCCCGAUGAGAGCCAUGAAGACGAAUGCGCGGCAAGCUUGGAACAAGGUUGGAAACGCCGCCAACCGGUUUGCGGGCGACAUCACAGGCAGGCGCAUUCUGAAAGGAAACCAUCCCCGCAAGGUCGUCAUGGAGCUGCUUCGUUCGACCAACUCGAGUUACACCCUGGCGCGCGUCUUCUACCGUACUUUUGUCCGCCCUGGCAGAGACACCAUUACACUGGAAGACAUCCUGCCCGCUUUUCCCAACCAGGAGGAAGCCGAGGCCUGCUUUGCUAUUUUCGACAAGGACUUCAACGGCGAUAUCUCCAUGGAAGAAUUGGAGAUGGUCUGCAGCGAGAUCCACCUGGAGAAGAAGGCCAUUGCUGCGUCGUUGAAGGAUCUUGAUUCGGUCAUCAAGAAACUUGACAAGGUCUUUAUGUUCAUCAUUAUCGUGAUUGUCAUCAUCGUGUUUAUCAGCAUCAUCUCCAACUCGGCUGCUGCUGCAUUGACCUCGACGGGCACCGUUAUUCUGGGUCUGUCUUGGUUGCUACAGGCAACAGCACAGGAGUUCCUUCAGUCCAUCCUCUUCGUCUUUGUCAAGCACCCCUUCGACGUCGGCGACCGUGUCACCAUCUACGGUAACACCGGCUCCCUGAUGCGCGGUGACGACUACUACGUCCUCGAAGUCUCACUCCUCUAUACCGAAUUCAAGAAAAUGGAAGGCCACGUCGUGCAAGCGCCCAACUCGAUCCUCAACACACUCUUCAUCCUCAACCAGCGCCGCAGUCAAGGUCUGGCCGACCCCGUUAACCUCACCCUACGCUUCGGCACCACGGAAGCGCAGAUCGAGGAGCUGAAAGCCCGCAUGCUCGACUUCUGCAUCAAGAACCAGCGCGACUACGCUCCGCGCAUCAUCUCGGAAGUGAGGACCAUCGAUGAGGUCUACUCCAUCAACAUGAACAUCAUCUUCUUCCACAAGAGCAACUUCCAAAACGAGCUGUUGAGGCUUACGAGGCACAACAAGUUCGCCGUCGAGCUGAUGCACCAGAUGGACGACAUGGGCAUCCAGGGCCCGCGCCUCAUGGCGCCUGGUGGAAGGCAGAAUAUGCCUAUGUAUUGGUCUCAAGUUCCCGGCGGCGAUUCUCAGCCUGGCCAACCCGGUCAAAACGGACCGCAACAAUUCCAACAACCACCACUUCACCAAUUCUCCCCACCACCUCCCUCCUCUUCCCCUUCUGAUUUCCUGCGCAGGCGCCACCGCGCCGACAGCCGCGCAACGGUUGUGGAAUCAGGCGUCGACUUCCAAGAUGUGUACAUGAAUCGACGACCUGAACCGCUUGGGGUGCAUGGCAUCCAUCGUUUGGCGUCGAUCAGACAGCGUGACGAGGAGGAAGAGGAGUAUGAUCACGAUGAGAAAGCGAGUCACCGCCACAACGACAUGGCAUCGGAACUAGAUCAGAGGCUGGACAAGACGUCUAGUAGGGGCACUAGGGGAGAUGAUGUUAGCGCCGCUGGCAGACCUAGUCGCGAUGGAAGCAUGACUGCGUCUCAACAAACCCGCCACAAUAGCACCCACUCCAACAACCCAAACCCUUCCAACCCCAAGAACUCCAAAGACUCCACCACCAACCCGAGCAUCACCCGCCUCCUCUCCCGCCUCCCCCGCUUUCUCCACCCAUACCUCUCCUCCCUCCGCUCCUCCCCUUCUUCUUUCGUGGUGGCCUUUCUGAUCCUACACGAGAUCACGGCUAUCGUCCCUGGUCUAGGUUUCUUUUACCUUUUUCACUAUUGCGGUGGUGAUGGGGAUGAAGAGGACAAGGACAAGGAUAAGGACAAGGAGGGGGGAACGGCGUCAUACGGCAAGAGGUUCGAAGAGUGGGUGAUGGGGUGGAUGAUGGAGCUUGGAUAUUCGGAGGUGAUGGUGAGGAAGAUGGAGGGGUUUGAGAAGUGGUUUAAGAGGAAGGGGUAUUUUGGGUUUGGAAAGGGGGAGGAAGGUGAGCGGGAGGCGGUAGUAGGGAAGGAUGGGGAUGAUGUGGGUAAAGGAGGAGAAGAAGAAGAAGGAAAACAAAAAGAGCAGGUUUUGAUGAUGAAAAAGUGGCAGAGUGGUGGAGAUGAAAAGUAUAGAGUCUUGGUGGACGCGGCGCUGGCGUAUGCGAUUACCAAGGCGUUGUUGCCAGUGAGGAUUAUUGCGAGCGUACAGGCUACGCCGUGGUUUGCGGGCGUGUUGGGGAGGGUGAGGAGCGUUUUUGGUGGCGGGUUGAGGAAGUAG